UCUUAUCUUUAAAAAUAUGUAAACCUUAAGACUACGUCAGUUGAAUAAUUAUCGAUUAUUUUCUUAAGUGCACAUCUUUUUAUAAGAAAAAUCAUAUUUAUUUGAUACAUUCAACAGAAAAUAAAUUUAAGACACCAUGGAGUUCAACGCAUCAGAACACCCUCAUAGGAGGUAUAAUCCAUUAAAAGGAGAAUGGAUUUUGGUAUCUCCUCACCGAAUGAAAAGACCUUGGGAUGGACAAACAGAGUCUGUGCACAGUGAUAUGGGUCCAGAAUUUGAUCCUACCAACCCCCUAUGUCCUGGUGUAGUCAGGAGUAGUGGUAUUUUGACUCCUGAGUACAAAUCUACAUAUGUAUUUACAAAUGACUUUCCAGCCAUGUUAGAGGAUACACCAUCACCUCCCCAAAGUGAUGAUCCUUUGUUUCAAAUUGAAGGAGUUAAAGGUACAUGUCGUGUUAUGUGUUUUUAUCCCAAAUCCAAUGUGACAAUUGCUCUUAUGUCUAUAAAUGAUAUAGUAACAGUGAUAUCAAGUUGGAUACAGCAAUUGGAAGAACUGGGAAAGACCUAUACUUGGGUGCAAAUAUUUGAAAACAAAGGUACUAUGAUGGGUUGUUCUAAUCAUCAUCCCCAUUGCCAAAUAUGGGCUUGUUCAUUUUUACCAAAUGAACCACGUAUCAAAGAUAUUAAUCAGAGAGAAUAUCUGGAAAAGCAUGGAAGACCAAUGCUGAUGGAUUAUGUUGAUCGUGAAUUAAAAGCAAAAAUAAGAAUUGUUACUGAAAAUCAACAUUGGGUUGUUUUGGUGCCAUUUUGGGCUAUAUGGCCAUAUGAGACUAUGGUAUUACCUAAACGACAUGUAAAAAGGAUGAACGAAAUUACAGAACAUGAAAAAACAACUUUGGCAUCAGUAAUGAAAAUAUUGACAAUAAAAUAUGAUAACAUGUUCAAAACAUCAUUUCCAUAUUCAAUGGGUUGGCAUGGUGCACCAACUGGACCAAAUUGUGAAAAUAGUGACCACUGGGUAUUUCAUGGAAUUUAUUUGCCUCCAUUGUUACGUUCAGCAACAGUGAAAAAAUUCAUAUCCGGAUUUGAGCUAUUGGCACAAUGCCAAAGAGAUUUAACCGCUGAACAAGCUGCAGAACGACUAAGAUCACAAUCAGAUGUUCACUAUUUGGAAUAAAACCAAACAAACAUAUUUAGUUCAUGUCUGAAGUUCAGAGACCUUUUUAUUAUCAAAAUAAUUGUCAUACGAUUACAACGUUAUAGUAGUUACAUUAUAUAGUUUAUCAACAAUAUAUUUUUUUUAAUAUAUUGGAAAGUUUUCGUC